AUCUCAAUCUAAUUUCCAACAACUGUCUUUUACUACUCACCCGGUGUGAGCCUUUCGCUUUUCUUCUUUGCUAUUCUCGAUUCCCCACUUUUUCCUAAAUUUUAAUUCGUUCACUCCAUACCAAACGAAACCACUCAUUCAUCAAGAUGAAGACCUUUGCCAUCCUCGCACUCAUCGCUGGCUUCGCAUUUGCCGCUCCUGCCGCUCCUGCCAAACCUGGUUGCGCUGAUGCUGCUGCUGCUGCUGCCGGUAACAGCACCUUGACUGGCGCCAGCUGCGCCGAGGCUCGUGCGAAACUCGUCGACGGAAUCAAAGCCAACCUCAAUAUCCAGGCCCAGGAAUUGAAAGGAAUCCAGUGCCUGCAAAAGGAAGAGGGAACUGCGGGUUUCAAAGCUGAGCAAGCUUCCGUCCUCAAAAUCCAGCAAAAGGGUAUCGAGAUCCGCGCCAACAACCAGAAACUCGCCAAGGAAAUCAACAGCCCAGCUGCUGCUGGACUCGACAUCGUCGCCGGCGCACAGGUCAAGGAGAUGAUGCAGGUUAUGAGUUUGAACGGAACGGCGAAGGCUGAUGAUGCGACUUUGAAGAUGUUGGUUCAAGAGGUAGAGGAUGGCACCAAGCAGAACGAGAAGAAUCUGGCAGAGGCCAAGAGCACCAAGUGCUAGAAAGAGAUGAAGAAUCUGGGUAUGCGUUGAUGUGUAUUGUACGAUAGUCCUGGUGGCAGUACGAGAGAAAGCAUGAGAGGUAUCCACGCGCAGUCUGUAUCGUAGACAUAGUACCUAAUAAUCUUACUCCAUGUCCGAA